GAAGAUGUUGAUAUUCCCAGUAGGCGAGUUUUGAUUACUGGUGCUACGGGACUUCUUGGCAGAGCUGUGUUUAAGGAAUUCAAUGAAAAUAAUUGGAAUGCAGUGGGCUGUGGAUACAGGAGAGCUCAGCCCAGGUUUGAACAGAUUAAUCUUCUGGACUCUAUUGCAGUUCAUGACAUUAUCCAUGAUUUUCAGCCUCAUGUUAUAGUGCAUUGUGCUGCUGAGAGAAGGCCAGAUGUCGUCGAAAGUCAACCAGAUGCUGCUUCUCAGCUCAACGUGGCUGCUUCAGGGAACUUGGCGAAAGAGGCAGCUGGAGUUGGAGCGUUUCUGAUCUACAUUAGUACAGAUUAUGUGUUUGAUGGAACGAGCCCUCCUUAUAAAGAGACUGAUGUACCAAAUCCCCUGAAUUUAUAUGGUAAAACCAAACUGGAGGGUGAAAAGGCAGUCCUGGAAAACAAUGAAGGUGCUGCAGUACUUAGGAUUCCUGUCUUGUAUGGAGAGGUAGAAAGACUGGAGGAAAGUGCUGUGACUGUUAUGUUUGAUAAAGUGCAGUUCAGUAAUAAAUCUGCCAACAUGGACCAUUGGCAACAAAGAUUUCCUACGAAUGUCAAGGAUGUAGCAACUGUUUGCAGGCAACUAGCAGAGAAGAGAAUGCUGGACCCAUCAGUAAAAGGAACGUUUCACUGGUCUGGCAAUGAACAGAUGACUAAGUAUGAAAUGGCAUGUGCCAUUGCAGAUGCUUUCAACCUUCCCAGCAGCCACUUGAGACCAAUUACUGAUUGUCCAGUUGUGGGUGCUCUUCGUCCAAGGAAUGCUCAGCUAGACUGCUCCAAGUUGGAGAUGAUGGGGAUAGGUCAGAGAACACCAUUUCGAGCUGGAAUCAAAGAAUCACUUUGGCCUUUCCUUGUUGAUAAGAGAUGGAGGCAGACAGUCUUCCAUUAGUUUGUAACUUUUUUAGUAAGAUUAUGGUAUGUGGCACUUUUUUAAAAGAAAAAAAUAGUUUUGUAUGAGUGUUCUUAAAUUGUGACAUUUAUGCCUUUUCAUUUAAUCAGGUAAACAUAUGGUCGUGCACUAGUGAAACUGUUAGCCUGAAAAACGUUCAGUGACAAAAACUGAGCCUGUUUGAUGUCACGGAUCUUUCCCUCCGUUCGUAUCAAUCUAACUUAAUGUCUGUUCCUCGCGGGUUAUUGGUUCUCAGUGAUCAGUACCACUCGAUGCUAAGAAUGACUCAGACCACUUGUAGACUUACUUUUGGCUGAAAUACGUUGUUGAUGCUUAAGAUCUGUGCCGUUGUUGUAUAUACCAUUUCUCCUCAUUAAAAGACAUGGUCAGUUACUUUACCACCAAAAAUUGGAGUUUUUUGUUUUUAACUUCUGAAGGUGGUGUUCUUAUGAAGUUAAACUGAAGUAGGAAUCGUUAAAUGUUUGUUUUGCUUGAGCUCUGAUCAAAAUGUUUUUUAAAAAAGUGAAACUUUAUUUUUGCAAUUAUCAAGUGUACUUUUUAUGCUUGAACUAUUUUCAGAAUGUUCUGUAACUUGAAUGCCUGCAGCAUCAUAUUUGUACAGUAAGUUGUAUGCAUUUGUUUUAAUGGUGAUAUAUAAAAGUUAGAAGAGGGUUGGGAACAAGUAGUUUUGACCCAUUUGUUUUUUUGGGUGGGGGACAUUGGAGUUCCAGGAUUUUUUUUUUUUUUU